AUGUUGCUUGGGAUGCAGUAUUUAUGUGGAAAUGAAAGUAUUAAAAAUUCAACAAAUGCAAACAUAAGCAUAAAAGCUUCAUCAUCAAAUGGAGUAAGCAAUGAAAGAUUUGAAAUAAAACGGAAUAAUCAACAAUGGUUUCAACCUCAAUCGAAUAAUUUAUGCGUAAAGAACAAAUCGAAUAGGAGUGAAGUAACGCUUACUUCAAUAGAACUGGAUAUCCUGAAAAUAUCCGAAAAAAUUGAUAAUAUUACUAACGCAAAACUCGCUUCUUUGCAUAUGGCUAUAAAAAAAUGUGGCCAUUGUGGCAGAAUGUCUUCAUUGCAUCAGUGUUGUCAGAAUAGUCAGAAUCCUUCAACGCCAAUGAUUGAAUCCAUCCAAAUACAACAGUUCCAAUUUGCUGGACCAUCGAGUGGUUCAGGAAUUCCAGAAUCUAGCUACAACUUGCACGGAGGAGUGGAAACAAUAACGGGAAUACGUCAAAAUGGAAUUAGCACAAUUAGAAAUCGAAAUAACUUGAGGAAGUUUAGAGCACAUCGUAUUAUGGGAAGCAGUCAACUUCCUUUGGAGUAUGCUGGACGUACUCAAAACCAAUAUGACAAGUUUGGAUACAAACAGUUAAAUGGUAAUAAGUUAAAAAUAAAAAGGACCAAUUUUCAUAUGCAAAUGGGCAAAUGUCCAUCGAAAAACAGUGCCAACAUGGUUAUGAAAUACCAACAUGAUGAGUAUCGCGAAGAUGGUCCAUUCACAAAUAAGAAAAUUUCGAGAACCUUUUAUGUACGGAAACUCCGCAACCGUGAAGACAAGUAUUUACAGACCAGUGUCACUGCUAAUUUAUUAGAAAAGAAGAUUGCUUUGGACAUGAAUGAACCAGUAACCUCUUUUAUACGGUUGAGAAAACAUGCUCCAAUUUAUCAGAUUCAGCGUGAUGAUUUGCUUGAUGUUUUGGAAGAACAACUUGAUUCACUGCAACCAACUUCUUUAAUUAGUGAAGAAGAAUUGCAAGUGGGUACCUUAUGUGUAUCAUUUUGUCGUACAUUUGAUUCAAUGUUUCGAGCAGUCAUAACAAACAUAAACAAUAUUGGCAUUGAAGUUCAUUAUGUUGUUUAUGGCAAUUAUGAAACAGUGAACAGAGACGAUCUAAUGUCGAUUAGUAAUCUGUCUGAUGUCGCUCGUACCUAUCCAGGAAUGGCAAUCCCUUGCAUGCUUUUCAAUUCGCUUGUCUCAUCAACUGUUUCGAAUUCUGCGGAAACUAAAGACGAAUUUAUAACAAAUUUGAAGGAUGCCGUUUCAUGUGAACACCAUUCAUUCCGAAUUCGAAUACUGAAAAUUCGUGAAGAUAGAAUCUGCAUCGUUGAAUAUAUUUCAUCGUAA